UCUAACCUCCCCCUCCUUUCCUCCCCUCUUCGUGAAGUCUAACCCUUCCUUAACCCCUCUUUGGUAAAUCGGCUCACUGAGAUCACCGCUGGUAUUCCCUACUUAUGUCGUAAAUAACCCACUAGUUAUUUGAUAAUCGGCCACCCGCCGCAAGGCUGGUCAUGACUUCAUUUCCAUGCGAUCCAAUUUGUGUGAGUGGGAUUGCCCGUCUAACUCCGACUAGAACUAGCCCCGGUGGAUCUUCAAAUCGAGCGCUGCCGUUGUUCCAGACCCCCUCCCACCUCCGUUCCCCUUCUUCCGUCCGUCACAAUGACGAGUGUUGGUUCAUUCGAACGUCUACAAAGUACAAAUAUAGAAUGGUUCGCGAAAUGCGCUCGCGAACCACUUCCGCGAACACAAGAGCUUCGCGCGGCAUCCUGGAUUUAAUCCUUCACGUUGCCAAGUCAGUUGAAGCCAGAUAGAAGACGGGGGAUGAAUCGUGCUUGGCUGUUUGACAGAUCAUCGCCCAGUCUAUCG